CCCGUUUUCUGCCCUAAUCAUAAUACCAAAUAAGAAUUCGGUCUAAAUAAUAUGAUCGCUCAAUUGGUAAAAAUUAGCAGUUAACAAAAUUUGUUGCAGAAAUCGAAGGAAAGUCGCACUGACUGAUUUGCUGCCAUGGAUAAGUUGUCGAUCGAACAGAAGAUUUUCAUCCGUCGCUCGGACGGUAGAGUCCACUUGGCGGAGAUUAUCAAACUGGAGGGCGGUGACUCCAAGCUGAUUACGGUGGAGUGGCCCGAAGGACAUACGGUGCGUGGUAAGGAACUGCCCCUGGAGCUGGUGGUCCUGAUGAAUCCUCAUAUCUUCGACUCGCCCCGCUGCAGUGGCGGCAAUGCGGCGUCAGCCAAUCAAACUGCCUCCAUAUCGCCACGUUCAAUGAAACAACGAAUAGCGACUGGGAGCUUAUCUCCUGUACUGGCCACUGCCCCGCCACGCCAGCAGACGGCGCCGCCAGUUCGAGAGGACGAGGUGGUGCACCAGGCUGAAAGAAUGCGAAAAGAACGGGAACGGAGGCGAGAAGCACAAGCCAGGACUCGUCUAGAUCGGGAGCAGGGGAAGAACGAAGAUCCGGGAAAUCCCAACUGGGAAGUAGCCAGAAUGAUACGACUGCAACGCGAGCAAAUGGAGAGUCAGCGGGUGAGAAGUGGUACUACGAACGAACGAAUCAAUUGCCACCAAAUUAUGGUUUGUGUGAGGAAGAGACCACUGAGGCGCAAGGAGCUGGCUGACCGGGAACAGGAUGUGGUCAGCAUUCCGUCUAAGCACACAUUGGUGGUCCACGAGCCCCGCAAGCAUGUGAACCUGGUCAAGUUCCUGGAAAAUCAUAGCUUCCGUUUCGAUUACGUCUUCGACGAGGAGUGCUCCAAUGCCACGGUCUACGAAUUCACAGCCCGACCCUUGAUAAAGCACAUUUUUGAUGGCGGAAUGGCCACGUGUUUCGCCUACGGACAAACUGGAAGCGGCAAGACCUAUACGAUGGGUGGUCAGUUCCCCGGAAGGCAUCAGAGCUCAAUGGAUGGCAUCUAUGCAAUGGCCGCUAAGGACGUGUUCUCCACUCUAAAGACGGUUCCCUAUAACAAGCUUAAUCUGAAAGUUUACUGCAGCUUCUUCGAGAUCUACGGCACCCGGGUGUUCGAUCUCCUGAUGCCUGGCAAGCCACAACUGCGUGUCUUGGAGGAUAGAAACCAGCAGGUGCAAGUGGUGGGCCUCACCCAGAAUCCAGUACAGAACACCGCCGAAGUUCUGGACCUACUCGAGUUGGGCAAUAGUGUCCGAACCUCGGGUCACACCUCUGCCAAUUCCAAGUCCUCCCGAUCGCAUGCUGUGUUCCAAAUCGUGCUGAGAUCCGCGGCGGGCGAGAAGCUACACGGGAAAUUCUCGCUUAUAGAUCUGGCCGGGAAUGAAAGAGGAGCGGACAACAGCUCGGCGGAUCGACAGACGCGCCUGGAAGGAUCCGAGAUCAAUAAAUCGCUGCUGGUCCUCAAGGAAUGCAUUCGCGCUCUGGGGCGCCAGUCGAGUCAUUUGCCAUUCCGUGGCUCCAAGCUGACCCAAGUCCUGCGGGACUCCUUCAUCGGAGGUAAGAAGGUGAAAACCUGCAUGAUAGCCAUGAUCUCGCCAUGCUUGCAUUCGGUGGAGCAUACCUUGAACACGCUGCGUUAUGCGGAUCGGGUGAAGGAACUAAGUGUGGAGUCGAUCCCAUCUAAACGGAUGCCCGAUGCCAACCUUGGAAGCACUUCCAUGUCAGAUAUUGUUUGCCAGUCGUCCACCCAGCGACUCUUUCCAUGUGCCUCCUCCACAUCGAUGCCAGGUGGUGGCAACCAAGCGCAGCAACACACCAACACCGCGAACGACUUGAACAGAUCCCAGAAACCAACAUCUAAGCCCACUUAUCCCACAUCCGGUCAGCAGCUGGUCCAGAGGAAGGGAAGCUCCCAACGGGAGGCCUCCAUGAUGCUGACCAAAUCCCUGGCACAAUUCCGAGGGCGCAACUUUCCCUAAAACUCAGAAAUCAAACGCCUUAUCGACUUCUACAGCAAGUUAUUCAAAUUAAAAAGAUUGUCAAAAUUAUUUGUUUACUUUAUUUAAAUAAAUGUAGAUGAAUG